ACCCCUCACACCCCGCUUCGCCAUACGACAUGUCGAUCCAGCCGCUGAUUACCUUCAAGGCGGGCCAGUGCGAUGUCUCUGGCAGCGCACCGACUCUCAAGGUGAAGCCGCAGCAGACACCGGGUUACGUCUAUCUCUACCAGGGCGACGAUGAGUUCGUGCACUUCUGCUGGCGGACACGCGACAGCCCCGUGGACCAGAGCGAUGUCGACCUCAUCAUGAUCCCCGGCGAUGGAUCCUUCAUACCGUACACAGGCAGCGAGACAGCCGCCGAAUCGGAAAACGUUCGCUCACCCACCGACGGUCGUAUCUUUGUCCUCAAGUUCUCUUCCAGCUCACAACGAUACCUCUUCUGGCUGCAGUCCAAGUCGCAGCACCCCCGCGGCGACGCCAGCUGGUUCAGCCCGCGGGAUCUCGCCAUCGGACAGAUCGUCGACAGGCUUUUGAACGGGGAGGAAGUUGACGUGCCGACCGAGCUGGCUGUGGCCGCAAGCCAGAACCCCGACGAGGACGAGGCGAUGGAGGAUGCCGAUGAUCAUGCUGCCAACCAGAUCCAACACGGUAGCACCGGCGGUGCGGGUGCGGGUGCCACAGGAGGCGACAUCCGAGAAGAGGGUGAAGAAGCGCGAGAAGGGGGUGCUGAUGGCGGCCGAGCAGCCGGCGCAGGAUCGACCGACGCCUCUGCCCUUGUCCAGAACUUCCUUCAGUCGUUGAAACCCGGCGGUUCUGGUGGAGCAUCAAGCGGUUCCAACGACCCAUUCACGACUCUUCUUGAUCUCCUCUCUCCGCCCAAUACCUUGCCCGUCAUCGACAAGGCCCCGGAUGAGUACAUCGACGCCCUCUGCGCGCAGCUUCCCACAACCCUUUUCCUUAUCGAAGCAGAAGUUGACGACGUCGCCGACAUCGACCCUGAUUCCGAAACCGCACAAGCUGUUCUCCUGUCCCUCGGCCAAGAAGAAAAACGCGACGUGCUGAAGAGGGUGGUUACCAGCCCGCAAAUGAGGCAGAGUCUUGGCAGUUUAACAGUUGCGCUGAGAGAUGGCGGUUUGCCCAACGUUAGCCAGGCGCUGAAGAUUGACGUUCAGAACGGCGGCUAUAUAAGAGGCGGGGGUAUGCCGCUUGGUGGUGGCGAGGCUGUGAAGGCGUUUGUCGAGGGCGUGAAGAAGACGGUCGAAAACGAGGAUGACGACGAGAUGGACACAAACUAAGAGACGUCUUAUCUAGCUCGGGGUACUUGGAAUGCUGGACUGAUCACUAGACGACAGCUACGACGACAUGAGUAGUACAUAUCACGGCAAUAAUUGCAUGAGCAUUGCAGAGG